CGGCUUCCGGCGCGCUCUCCGCGGGCUGCAGGGGGCGCGCAGGGGGCGCGCACCGGGCGCACCGCUGCUAGCUCGGCUCCUCUGGGGCCUGCGGGGCGCUGUGAGACUGGAGGGGAAACGGGGCAAGAAGCCGAGCUUGAGGGGCAGCCCCAGUCCCUCUGACCGAGGUCCUGCCACUUUCGCCGCCAGGAGCCUCCUCCUCCGGAUCUAGUGCGUUCGGGCGCCCCGGCGGCCUGGGUCCCGCGAGUGGAAUGGCCGCCAAGGCCCAGGGCGUCGUGCUUCCGCGCGCCCCGUGAGGGGAACUGGGGAGCCUCAAGGGGUCUCCCACCCGACUCUAAACACGGAAACCCCAGCGUGGUGAGGAUCAGGGCGCUGACUGGGCUAGUUCGGGCUGGUUCUGUGGACAGGUUGACUCAGCUUUUCCUUCCGGGCUGGUCAAGUUCGGACACGUUCCUAGUUUGCAAUGAAAGGAGCUAAGUCCUGACUUGCCUCCAGCUGGGGCUAUUUAAACCGUGACUUUUCCCAGCUAUUUUCACUGACGGUUGGAGAUAGAUACCUGUGGUCACCGACAUACAGCACUUACUCUAUUAAUCCAGAUGUUCCCUUAUUUCAAGUUUUUAUCGUGUGUUUUUUUCCUGCUCUUAGGCAAAUGUGCAAUACCAACAUGUCUGUGUCUACUGAUGGUGCUGUAAGCACUUCACAGAUUCCAGCUUCGGAACAAGAGACCCUGGUUAGGCCAAAGCCAUUGCUUUUGAAGUUGCUAAAGUCUGUUGGUGCACAAAAAGACACUUAUACUAUGAAAGAGGUUAUAUUUUAUCUUGGCCAGUAUAUUAUGACUAAACGAUUAUAUGAUGAGAAACAACAGCAUAUUGUAUAUUGUUCGAAUGAUCUUCUAGGGGAUUUGUUUGGAGUGCCAAGCUUCUCUGUGAAAGAGCACAGGAAAAUAUAUACAAUGAUCUACAGAAACUUGGUAGUAGUCAAUCAGCAGGAAUCAUCAGAUUCAGGCACAUCUGUGAGUGAAAACAGGUGUCACCUCGAAGGUGGGAGUGAUGAAAAGGACCCUGUGCAAGAGCUACAGGAAGAGAAACCUUCAUCUUCAGAUUUGGUUUCUAGACCAUCUACCUCAUCUAGAAGGAGAGCAAUUAGUGAGACAGAAGAAUGUUCAGAUGAAUUACGUGGUGAACGACAAAGAAAGCGCCACAAAUCUGAUAGUAUAUCCCUUUCCUUUGAUGAGAGCCUUGCUCUGUGUGUCAUAAGGGAGAUAUGUUGUGAAAGAAGCAGUGGCAGUGAGUCAACAGGGACUCCGUCAAACUCGGAUCUUGAUGCUGGUGUAAGUGAACAUUCAGGUGAUUGGUUGGAUCAGGAUUCAGUUUCAGAUCAGUUCAGUGUAGAAUUUGAAGUUGAGUCUCUUGAUUCAGAAGAUUAUAGCCUUAGUGAAGAUGGACAAGAACUCUCAGACGAAGAUGAUGAGGUAUAUCGAGUUACUGUGUAUCAGGCAGGAGAGAGUGAUACAGAUUCAUUUGAAGAAGAUCCUGAAAUUUCCUUAGCUGACUAUUGGAAGUGUACUUCGUGCAGUGAAAUGAAUCCUCCCCUGCCACCACAUUGCAACAGAUGUUGGGCCCUUCGUGAGAAUUGGCUUCCUGAAGACAAAGGCAGAGACAAAGGGAAAAAGCCUGAGAAAGCCAAACUAGAAAGCUCAGCACAAGCAGAAGAGGGCUUUGAUGUCCCUGAUUGUAAAAAAAAUACAGUGAAUGAGUCUAGAGAGCCAUGUGUUGAGGAAAAUGAUGAUAAAAUCACACAAACCUCCCAAUCCCAAGAAAGUGAGGACUAUUCUCAGCCAUCAACUUCUAAUAGUGUCAUUUAUAGCAGCCAAGAAGAUGUCAAAGAGUUUGAGAGGGAAGACACACAAGACAAAGAAGAAAGUGUGGAAUCUAGUUUUCCUCUUAAUGCCAUUGAACCUUGUGUGAUUUGCCAAGGUCGACCUAAAAAUGGGUGCAUUGUUCAUGGCAAAACAGGACAUCUUAUGGCAUGUUUCACAUGUGCAAAGAAGCUAAAGAAGAGAAAUAAGCCCUGUCCAGUAUGUAGGCAACCAAUUCAAAUGAUUGUGCUAACUUAUUUUCCCUAGUUGACAUGUCUAUAAAAAUACAAUUAUAUAUUUCAACUAUAUAACCCUGAAAAUUUAGACAACAUGAAAUUUAUUUUUAUUUUUUUACCUUGAUAUCAAAGGGCAAAAGUAUCUCAGUUGCAUGUGGAUUUCUUCUCUCUAGUGUAAUUCGCCUUCUUUGGGAGGGGAAUAGUGAAUACUUCCUUUUAGGAAAAUUUCACUUCUGUUUAUAUUUUAUAUUUGGGUUUUAAUGUAAUUUGAAUUGGAUAUGUAGCUCAUCCUCUACUGCUAGCUCCUCAUAUUUUAAAUAAUUUCCACUCUCUCAUAAAUGAGAAGUAUCUGAUAUCUUUUUAAAAAUACAGGUAGGACAUUUUAAAUAUAAAUCUAGUACUUUUCAUAUAAGGAGAAAAAGUUUGUGUGAAAGAUUUAUUAUUUAAAUUUUAGGUACUUUUAAAAUCUUCCAAUCCUUAGUUUCUCUACUCUUCCAGAGCCUCUCAAAAUAGUUUUUCAAGGUAAAAAAGAUAUCAGUGGUUGUAUUUGGGGCCAUGAAAGUAAAAGUGAACUACUUAUUCUUCAUCCUCUGGUAUAGUAAGGGAUAGGAGGUAAUGAUGUCAGUUGAGAAGUCUGAGCCACCAUUUACCCAUGAGACAGAACUCAUAAGGUUCCCUAACAUGAUGUGGAAUUAUCUAGGAGUCUAACCUCUAUAUCUGUAACCCUUUUCCACACCUAGUUUCAGGAAUUAGUGCAAUCUUUUGUUUUCCACACAUUGAAAAACAGUUCUAAGACACUUUAAAGUACUUUCUUGGGCUGGAUUACAUGGUUCCUGGUAGUUACCUAGGUUUCAGACUUUUGCUUAAGGCCAGUUUUAGAGGCCAGUGACUUCACAAAGACUUAAUGCAGAAAUUUAAUAAACAGAAGGACUGUUUGUUUUUAAACUGCCUGAGAAUGUCAUAACUUUUUUCUAAAUUGCCCAGAAACUAUGUAUCACUCGUCUUCAAGAAUGACAGGGUCACAAGAUAGGAUUCUGAAAUCUCUCUCAAACUGCAUAGACUAACAUCUUGAUUUGUAUUUAAAUAUGAAUAUUCAGCAAAAUAGUGAAAAAAACCACUUAGAUUUAAGGUCCCAGUGUUUUUCUCCUAUCUGUGGCAGUUGUAUAUACUCAGGUGAGGAUAAUCAACUGAAACUAUAAAGUGUUUAGAACUGAGAGGGAUAAUUUAUCACAUCAAGUUUGUGUGCCAGUUACUAACAGUACAUUGUAUUAAACUUUAAACCAUGUGCACAACUUAAACAUGUAUACAUAUGAGAUAGUAGGAAACAAAUGGCUGGAGGGAUCAGUACCUUAGCCUAAGAUUGGUUCUCAAGUACAGUAAAAGCCUUAUUACUAGAGGCUUACAGUACUUCAGCUAUAGCUGAGUAGAAUCAGUCCUUUCUAAGGGGAGUUGAUAGUAAAAAUGAGACUAUAAACACUAUAUUCAGGGUAUAUUAUGUAGUGAUUGCGCUAUUUAUAAAACAUUCAAAUCUGUGCAGAUAGGGUCUCAUUCGGCAUAUCUACAUUACAAAUGGAGCCUUGAUUGUCUAAAUUUUUAGGUUUAGUAUACAGAUGUUUAUUGGUUCACAAACACUUUAUUAAAUAUUUGAUUAAGAAUUGUUUCAAGAAUGUGAUUAUUGGAUCUUACAAACAAUUUUUCCAUAGUAAAAUGAAAAUUAUAUUUGAAUAUCAAUCAACUAGGUAAUCAAAAGUUCAAGUCUGAAUAUGCUUGUUUCUGGAAGAGCUGUGCCUGCCCACUUUGGAAGUACAUACAGUAAUGGGCAGCUGAUGUACUUGGGAGCCUCCCAACUUGAGAGACCAACUUGAGAGAAUGGUGUUAACUAAAUUGUAGGGUGACAAAAUGCUGUUUUUUCUCUGUCUUGUUCACUUGUGUCACUGCAUGGUAGGUUGGUGUAAGUGGUUUCUCAACAAGUGACAGAUAACAGUUUGCAAGGGAUGUAGUUAGGGUGGGGAUGGGAACUAGGGCUAGUCACCUUGCUCACUGGUCAGCUUGAAAAGCUAUUCAAAUUGCCUGUAAUUUCUCUGAACCUAAAUUCCAUAAGACCAAGACUUCUUGAUUAUGAUUCAUGUAUUUGGUGCUCGGUAAGAAUGUAUUGAAUGAAUCAAAGCAUUGGGAUCUGAGUCUUGAAGCUGGUUUUUUAAAUCAGGAUUGGUGGAUCCCAAAGCCAGACUAGGGUUAGUUAAUGGCAUCAUUUAGUUUGCUUUUUAUUUUCAAUAAGGGUUUUAAGGUACUGGUUAGUGUGUAGUUAUGUAGGCUCAUGAUAUAUGCAAAUUGUCAUGGCAUUGUGAAAUGUUUGUUGUUGUACUUACUGGUUUGGAUGCUGAAUUGGGUUUUAAGUUAGUAUUUACCAAAAAAAAUUAUUUGUUUACCUGGAAGAAAAAUCAGUUGUUUAAGUGUCUGUGGCCAUAUUGUCUCUCAUAGCCGGCUUUGUUACACAUGAUAGGGAAUUUUUGACAUUUACAAAAAAAGGCUUUAAAAAAAUAAAUACAUGACAACAGCAGCAUAUUAGAAGGGGCUCAGAAGUGUUGACUAUGUUAUAAUAUGGACUUAACAGGAACUAAGAAAAAGCAACAGUAAACAGAACGAGCAGUUUGAAGUGACAAGCAGAUGGGAGUUGGUAUGUGUUCAGUAAUUUAUGAUAGCUGAAUGCAUUUGAAAUGAUAUAUACAUAUAUAUUUCAAUAUUAAUAUUGAAAUACACUAAUGGUAUAUUAAUGAAAUACAUUAACGGUAUAUUUUUGUAUUAAUAUUAGAAUAAUAUUUUUUAUAAUUUUUUAGGAGAGGUGAUACUAAACAUACUUGAAUUCUUAAAUUAAAAAAAAACUUUAAAGCUCUUUUAAAGUUUCUUUUAUUAAAAAUGGUAGACAUUUUCCUUUCAUCCUUGUUUUAGUCCCACAGAUUUGCCUUCAGAAUGUAUGAUAGUUUAAUGUCCUGCCAACAACCUAACAAGUCUGCUUAACAAAAUAACUAUCAUUCACAUUCUAGAUUUCAAAAUUUCAACUUUUUCUGUUUUUGCUGUCAUGUUAGAUGAAUUUAAAAUUUUAGUACUUUUAUGUAUGUGUUUAGUUUAUACCUUCCCAGGCCAUACCCUGUAUUAGAUCUUUCUACAAGAUCAGUGUAAAAUCUGCCUAAAUGGGCUUUGGUCUCUACCAUUUUUGGUUCAUUUACAGAUAAUUCACAAAUGCCUUCAUGUCGCUUCCCUAAUUUAAAUGUAGAAAAGAAAGUUUCAGUAAUUCCAUUGCUUGUUGGAUAUCUCAAAUGUUCUGCCUGAACAAUUUAGACUUCAGAGGUUUCUAUGAAACAAAUUCUCACCAUUAUCUUCUCAAACCUUGCUGCAACAAAGUUCAUUUGAAUCCUUAAUCUCCCAUGACUUUUUAUUUUUAUAAAUGGAAAUAUUUCCCUUCCUCGUGGAGAGGGAAGGGCUAAAUUCAAAUAGCAGAUCAGGUACUUACUUGUUUAGUGACUUGAGAAUUAGAGACAAUAAAUAUUUUAAAGCCUAGGAUUAAGUAAAGUUGAUAUAAGAAUUGUAACAAAGUUGGGAAGCUAAAACAAAAAUCCCUUGGUAUAAAAAAGUUUUUCAUCUUUUCUCAUGAUUUAUUUUAUUUCUUUUUAAGAGGCAUGUGAGGAGACCGAAUCCCUUUAGUUAGGAACUUUUCUAUCCACAAGGUGGAAGCACUACAUUGGGAGUUCUCUGAGUACAUUCAUUGAUGGUAGGUAAACCCCUAACAGUAUGGAUAGCAUACUCCUGGAAGAGAGAACAUUGGGCUAGAAAGCAUGAGGUUCUAGUUUUGGUUGUUACAACACAGACUGCAAAUUUUGGUCCAGAAAUUCUUCACUAUUCGUCCUUUAGAGGUUCAUGAGAAAAUAUAUUGUGUAUAAGAAUGCCACACUUUGGUUUUAAAGGACAGAUGUCCUUGACCCCCCAAAAAAGUUUGUUUCACUUUGACCUAAGUGAAGUGGCACUUUGCAUGAACUUUGGCAAUGUUUAAUGUGUAUGUGAGGUGUGUCAGUUACUUGUGUAAACUGGUGCUUCUAAAACGAGGUUCCAUUCUUUAUAUCAGUUGCUUUUCUUACAAAAGUAGUAAGAAAAUUUUCAGAAAUGAAGUAGGAAAAACACAUAAUUCUAUCAUAAAAAAAGGACUGAUCACUUGUUUAUACUUAAUUUUCUUUUACUUUUUUCCCUAUAUCUAAUAUUUUAAGAUUCAGUUCAUUUUAAAAUUGUACCUUGCUUUUGGGGGGUGGAGAAUAAUGGAUGCUCCAAGGGACUGCAAAUUUAAAUACUGAAGUCUAACUGACGCCAAGGAGGUUCCUCUAUAAUGAAUUCUUUAAAAAUAGAAAAAUGUUACCAGUUUACUUUCUGAGAUACUUAUCAAUUCUUAGAAAUUGGUACCUGUGAAUUACCUAUUUCCAGCACAUCUCAUUAAACUAUUGUUUAGCACGUUUUAGAGGGCUAACAAGCUUGAGCUCAAUCUGACCCAGAACUAGAAAUUCAGUACUCUAUGAGGGUUAGGGCUGUUAGUUUUCCAAUUACUAUAGGAGUUGAAGACUUUGUUUAUAACUGUUCUGUGUUUCAAAAGCUAUUUGAAAUCAGUAACAUUUACUUUUCAGGACAAUAGACCUUCCUCUACCAGUGUCUCUUUAAAUGUGUUUGGAAAUCUAGGAAUGUAAAUUCAACAGGGAUGAUAGAUAAUAGGCUAAAUUAUUUAAGAAAAUGGUUCCAUAGCUGAGUGUGUUUGGGAAAUCCAUUUCUUUUCUGCAUGAUUUCUCAGAUCCUUUACUAUAUUAAUGUGCAUUGUAAAUUUUGCACAGUUUUGUUUUUUUACCAGAGGGCACACUUCUUCAUCUGCCCCAUAGUAUAAAUUGAUAUGGAAUAUAACAUAUAUGAUAGGAUGGGUAUAUGUAAUAUAAACUGUUCUGGAAGGUCUCUCUGGGCUUUGAAGAGUUGUUGAUAUUAUUGCCUCAUCAAAGUAAUCAGAUUUGGUCUUUCCCAGGUUUUAUUUGCCAGUAAUCAGUUCUCUCUAGAAUGUAGACUUUGUGAACACUUGUGCAUUUGUUUUUAAGGCAAUGUAAUGGAAAGAAACAGUAUUCACUGUUUACAUGAAUAUUCUUUAUUGAGAAUAAAAACAAUUCUAAAUUUACUGAAUUCAGAGGUAGUCAUGGCCCCUACCCAAUAAACUGUACAGUCUUAGACAAUUUGUACAUCUUAAGUUCUUAAUUAGAGUACAAAAGAAAGCCACUGAGAUACUUGUAAAAAAAAAAACCCA